AUGCCUGCUCUCUCUGGUGGAUGCGGCUUUUGUCUCUCGCAUCACAUCCGCUGUGACCUGCUCAAGGACCAGUCGCCUUGUUUAACAUGUCGUGACUACGGAAUCAAGUGCCCCCCGGGGGAUGAGACAGAUGACUCGGUCUCGAUGACGGACGCUGGCGACUCUCCCAUGGAGGAGGUGAUUCACACCCCAGAAGCACACGAAAGCCGCUUCGACAUCGAGCGCAUCCACUGGAUGACUCCUCUCGAUCACUACAAGAACGUCGCCCACGACCUGCUUGGAUUCCCAGUCCCCGGCAUCCCCGACAUCCCCCAGCCGACAUACAAAACGACUCUCCCACCGUUUAUCCAGAAACUGCCCAGUCUCGCCGAUGAAGAUGCCGAAUAUCUCACAGCCAAAGGAGUCUUCUCCCUGCCAGACGAGCGGCUACAGAACGAGCUGCUGCGAACAUUCGUCCUCCACGUCCACCCCUACCUGCCCGUCCUCGACCUCCCCCCCUUCCUCCAGGCCAUCGCCGACAACAAUGGCCAUUCCUCCGUCAGUCUGCUCUUAAUGUACGCCGUCAUGUUCUCGGCCAUCGCAUUCGUCGACCCAACACACAUCCAACGCGCCGGAUACACCUCCAGAAAGGCCGCGCGCCAGGAAUUCUUCCGGAAAGCACGAGUCCUAUACGACUUCGACGUCGAAAGCGACCGCAUCGUGCUCAUCCAAACGGUGCUCUUAAUGACCUACUGGCACGAAAACCAGGACGACCCAAAAGACUUCCGGCACUGGCUCGAGAUCGCCCUGUCGCAAGCCGCCCUCGCCAUGCCCAUCAAAGAACAGGAACAGCGCACGCGCGCAAGCACAUUCACCUCGCGAGGCCUGUGGAAGCGUCUCUGGUGGUGCAUGUACACCCGCGACCGCCUCAACGCCCUCAAUCUGCGGCGCAGCCCUGUCAUCAAAGACGCCGAAUUCACCGUGCCCCUGCCCACCCUCUCCGACUUCGACAUGGGCACAUACCCCCCUUCUGUUCUCGCAAUGCCGAUCCUCGGAGCCUGCGAGGUCCUUCGAAGCCCGGUGCAGCAGCGGCAUCUCGCUACCAUGUUCAUCGAGAAGGCGAGGCUCUGCUGCACAAUCAGCGGGAUCAUCUUCCCUAUCACGAACGCUGCGGUCUUUGCGCCCGCCGUGUUCACGCAUUACAUCGCUGCCCUGGAUGACUGGCAUGCGAGUCUACCUAAGGAGGUCCAAUACCACUCGCCGCCUGAGCGAAAAUCCCUAUCCGAAGGCGAGCGCGCGCUGUUCGCAUACCGCGCCUGGCUGGAGAUGAUAUACCUCGCGGCAUCAGGCGCUUUACAUCGGCAGAACCAGGCACAGAGUCAGAAGUCUGUCCAGUCCGAGCCAACCCCUAACUCGAAUUCGAAUCCAUCCGGGGACGGCAUCCACUCUGUCACACAAUCCAUCGCAGGCGUCGCGGAUGGCCUGAACCAGCUCGACCUGGUGCACUGUCUCCCGACGACGACGGUGGGCCUCCUCACGCCAGUGCUGGCUACGCAUUUCAUGAACAUCCGGUCGGAAACGCCGGACCUGUGGCGCAAUGCGUUCCAGUCGCUGUAUCAGUGUCUGAAGGUGCUGGAGAAGCUGGGGGAGGUGUAUGAGCUUGCGGAGAGCAUGGCGGGAUUCUUCCAGGCGGCGAUCUGUGGGGAUGCCGAUGUCAAUUCAAACACGAAUACAGGCACGUCGGAAUCGGAUCGCGAAGGGAGGGAAACGGCGUUUCUGCAGCGGACGUUGACGAAGGACGAGCUGGCCGGGUUUGCGCGGCUGGUGGGUGGGCGAACAGGUUUACAGAACUGUAGAUAA